CGAGAACCCUAUUUGUAAAACCUUGUCUCUCUCCCUCAAACUCACUCACCCUCUCUCGAUCUCCCUCUGUUAAUCCUACACAGAGAGAUCAGAGACAAACAUGGGUCGCAAUGCCUUGUUCUUCCUAGGCUUCCUUUGCGUUGCAAUCGCCGGAGGAGUCGGAGGCCAAGCUCCCGCAACCUCACCCACCGCCACACCAGCUCCUCCAACCCCCACUACUCCACCUCCGGUCACCUCAUCCCCACCCCCAGCAGCCACCACACCUCCCCCAGUUGCCGCCUCACCACCUCCAGUGACCGCAUCUCCACCACCUGCCACUCCUCCUCCAGUGAGCGCACCUCCGCCCGCCACUCCACCUCCGGCAACCCCACCACCAGUCAGCGCUCCCCCACCGGCCACUCCACCACCCGCAACUCCUCCCCCGGCUACUCCACCACCCGCCACUCCACCCCCGGCAACUCCACCACCAGCAACUCCACCUCCGGCCACUCCACCACCAGCUCCUCUUGCAUCGCCGCCAGCUUCAGUUCCAGCUCCAUCUCCCACGGUGAAGUCUCCGGCUUUGGCUCCAUCUCCUCUAGCUCUUUCCCCAGGUCCACCAGCGCCUCCUGUCGGAGCGCCUGGUCCCGGCGGCAUCGAGGCAGAAUCUCCGGGUCCUUCUCAGUCUGAUCAGAGUGGAGUAGAGAAGGUGUGGACAAUGCAGAAGAUGGUUGGGAGCUUGUUGUUUGGAUGGGCUCUUCUCAGCUUGAUGCUUUAGAUCGAUCAUGGAGAUAUCAAGAGUUUUUCUUUUUGGAUUCAUUCUCUCUCUGUCGGAUUUUACAUAUAUAUGUUGGUUUCCACUUGCCACUUUAGCCCAUUUGUAUCUAAAUGGGAUACUUGUAUUUGAACUAUAUAUACAUUUUGUUGAAUUCUUUGGGAGGAGGUCUUUGAGAGGGAGCUUUGUAUUGUGACCAUGGAGGGAGGGAAAGUUGUUUUGUACUGAUUAUCCAUCGGUAGUUACCUAUUGCUAUAUAUUUCGAUCUCUUAGUAAUUCCUUGCUU